UAUACCAGUCGUGGUGCACUGACUAGGACGAGAAAUAUCCCGAAAGGUCCAUCGACGGGGAUCGAUCAUAGACAGACCGUGCAUCAAGAAAACGCUCUUGGCAAAUAGAUGGCUACUUGGAACUUUUUAAACUUACAUGACACACUCGAAUUUCAACCCGUGAACUAAAGUUUGAUAAAUUUACAAACCUAUAACAUAUUUGGAUAAAGUUACAAGAGUGAAACAAAAAUCUGUGUCGUUAAAACAGGGAAAUAUUCUUAAAAAGAGAUUAGUCAAGAGUCUAAAAUCUGAGAUGUGUUUGGUGAGGGAGCUAACGUUACUUGUCUAUCUAACUGGUAUGAGCUGCUCUGCUCAGCUGACCGACUUAGGUUUGACAACGCACGAGUAUUUACGAUUGGAACAUUCUUCACUUACGGCCUGUAAAGCGGAGUGCAGACAUCACGGACGAUGCAGGUCGUUUAUGGUUGAUCCACGCAUGCUCCAGUGUCACCUGUAUGACGUAGACUUCCGGUCGGCAGCACAAUACAUGACAGUUCCGUCAGGAACCAUUUCUGGUGACAACAACAAUAAGGUCAGUGACCCAUGCACUGGAUUUUCCUGUCCGUGUGAAAUAUCCAGAUGUUCUGUUUGUAGUCACUGUGACGUCAACUCCAGAACUAGGAAGCCAUUUUGUGUCAUUGACAUCAACGCCUGCCUGGAAGUUCCAACUGUCAAGAACGGCGUUGUCGUUAACGGUGUAGACUGCCUCAUGGGAGUCAGCAGAGACUAUACCUGUAACCAUGGUUACACAGACCUGGGUAACGGAAGCAUCACGUGUUCCAAACAUGGAACGUGGAGUACAGGAGUGUGUGAAAAAGUGGUCAGUUGCAUGGUUCCAACAGUGGCGAAUGGCACCUUUAUUCACCAGUCCACCACACUGGGCAGUGAAGGAUCAGUCGAGUGUGACAAAUACUUCCGGUUCUUUGGAAACAGCAGUUCAGCCAAGUGUAACGCCACUGGACAUUGGAGCGGACUCGAGGGUGACUGUCGACGUGUGGAAUGGAGAAAUAUGGUUCCUCCAUUUGAGGCUCCGAUUCCUUGGACACUCAGCGACGGGUGGGAGCUGUUACUGGUCGGUACGCCCGGGACAGAGGUCAAAGUAAUCCAUUUGGACUGGAUGUACAUGCAGGACAUAUAUGUUCGCGUUGGGAUGAGGUUCAACAUUUGGGGUGUCGUGAAUAAGACAGUCUUCUCGGCAAGGUACAACGGGAAAUAUAGAGAAGAUCUAAUCGUCACGACGUCAAACUUCCCAUUCGUAGCUACCGUUCCCUUUGAAAUGCGGACUACUCUUCAGAACAACACCUUUGCGUUUGUCGUGGAUGGAGCAGACUUGUACACAUACAACAUACUGAGACCAGCCGAACUCAUCGACAGGUUCGUGAUAACUGAUGAAGUCACAAUUGAUAAACUACUGUUCAUAUAUAAUAACACCAUCUAUUGAAUAUGCAUGUAUUUAUGGUGAUGACAGAUGAUGUCAUAAUUGAUAAACUACUGUUCAUAUAUAAUAACACCAUAUAUUGAAUAUACAUGUAUUUAUGGUGAUAACUGAUGAAGUCACAAUUGAUAAACUACUGUUCAUAUAUAAUAACACCAUCUAUUGAAUAUGCAUGUAUUUAUGGUGAUAACAGAUGAUGUCAUAAUUGAUAAACUACUGUUCAUAUAUAAUAACACCAUAUAUUUAAUAUACAUGUAUUUAUGAUGAUAACUGACGAAGUCACAAUUGAUAAACUACUGUUCAUAUAUAAUAACACCAUCUAUUGAAUAUGCAUGUAUUUAUGGUGAUACCUGAUGAUGUCAUAAUUGAUAAACUACUGUUCAUAUAUAAUAACACCAUCUAUUGAUUAUGCAUGUAUUUAUGGUGAUAACUGAUGACGUCACAAUGGAUAAACUACUGUUCAUAUAUAAUAACACCAUCUAUUGAAUAUGCAUGUAUUUAUGGUGAUAACUUGACGACGUCACAAUAGAUAAACUACGGUUCAUAUAUAAUAACACCAUCUAUUGAAUAUGCAUGUAUUUAUGGUGAUAACUGAUGACGUCACAAUAUAUAAACUACUGUUGAUAUAUAACAACACCAUAUAUUGAAUAUGCAUGUAUUUAUGGUGAUAACUGAUGAUGUCACAAUUUAUAAACUACUGUUCAUAUAUAAUAACACCAUCUAUUGAAUAUGCAUGUAUUUAUGGUGAUAACUGAUGAUGUCACAAUUGAUAAACUACUGUUCAUAUAUAAUAACACCAUCUAUUGAAUAUGCAUGUAUUUAUGAUCAUAACUGAUGAUGUCAUAAUUGAUAAACUACUGUUCAUAUAUAAUAACACCAUCUAUUGAAUAUACAUGUAUUUAUGGUGAUAAAGGAUGACGUCACAAUUGAUAAACUGCUGCUCAUAUAUAAUAACACCAUCUAUUGAAUAUGCAUGUAUUUAUGGUGAUAACUGAUGAAGUCACAAUUGAUAAACUACUGUUCAUAUAAAAAAAAUUUAUAAUAACACCAUCUAUUGAAUACGAAUGUAUUUAUGGUGAUAACUGAUGAUGUCAUAAUUGAAAACUACUGUUCAUAUAUAAUAACACCAUAUAUUGAAUAUGCAUGUAUUUAUGGUGAUAACUGAUGAAGUCACAAUUGAUAAACUACUGUCCAUAUAUAAUAACACCAUCUAUUGAAUAUGAAUGUAUUUAUGGUGAUAACUGAUGACGUCACAAUUGAUAAACUACUGUUCAUAUAUAAUAACACCAUCUAUUGAAUAUGCAUGUAUUUAUGGUGAUAACUUGAUGACGUCACAAUUGAUAAACUACUGUUCAUAUAUAAUAACACCAUGUAUUGAAUAUGCAUGUAUUUAUGGUGAUAACUGAUUACGUCACAAUUGAUAAACUACUGUUCAUAUAAAAAAUUUUUUAUAAUAACACCAUCUAUUGAAUAUGCAUGUAUUUAUGGUGAUAACAGAUGAUGUCACAAUUGAUAAACUACUGUUCAUAUAUAAUAACACCAUCUAUUGAAUAUGCAUGUAUUUAUUGUGAUAACUGAUGAUGUCAUAAUUGAUAAACUACUGUUCAUAUAUAAUAACACCAUCUAUUGAAUAUACAUGUAUUUAUGGUGAUAAAAGAUGACGUCACAAUUGAUAAACUACUGUUUAUAUAUAAUAACACCAUAUAUUGAAUAUGCAUGUAUUUAUGGUGAUAACUGAUUAAGUCACAAUUGAUAACCUACUGUUCAUAUAUAAUAACACCAUCUAUUGAAUAUGCAUGUACUUAUGGUGAUAACUGAUGAUGUCAUAAUUGAUAAACUACUGUUCAUAUAUAAUAACACCAUCUAUUGAAUAUGAAUGUAUUUAUGGUGAUAACUGAUGACGUCACAAUUGAUAAACUACUGUUCAUAUAUAAUAACACCAUCUAUGGAAUAUGCAUGUAUUUAUGGUGAUAACUGAUGAUGUCACAAUUUAUAAACUACUGUUCAUAUAUAAUAACACCAUCUAUUGAAUAUGCAUGUAUUUAUGGUGAUAACUGAUGAAGUCACAAUUGAUAAACUACUGUUCAUAUAAAAAAUGUUUAUAAUAACACCAUCUAUUGAAUACGCAUGUAUUUAUGGUGAUAACAGAUGAUGUCACAAUUGAUAAACUACUGUUCUUAUAAUAUAAUAACACCAUCUAUUGAAUAUGCAUGUAUUUAUGGUGAUAACUGAUGACGUCACAAUUGAUAAACUACUGUUUAUAUAUAAUAACACCAUAUAUUGAAUAUGCAUGUAUUUAUGGUGAUAACUGAUGAAGUCACAAUUGAUAACCUACUGUUCAUAUAUAAUAACACCAUCUAUUGAAUAUGCAUGUAUUUAUGGUGAUAACAGAUGAUGUCACAAUUGAUAAACUACUGUUCAUAUAUAAUAACACCAUAUAUUGAAUAUGCAUGUAUUUAUGGUGAUAACAGAUGAUGUCAUAAUUGAUAAAACUACUGUUCAUAUAUAAUAAAACCAUCUAUUGAAUAUACAUGUAUUUAUGGUGAUAACUGAUGAAGUCACAAUUGAUAAACUGCUGUUCAUAUAUAAUAACACCAUCUAUUGAAUAUGCAUGCAUUUAUGGUGAUAACAGAUGAUGUCAUAAUUGAUAAACUACUGUUCAUAUAUAAUAACACCAUCUAUUGAAUAUACAUGUAUUUAUGGUGAUAUAUGAUGACGUCACAAUUGAUAAACUACUGUUCAUAUAUAAUAACACCAUCUAUUGAAUAUACAUGUAUUUAUGGUGAUAACUGAUGAAGUCACAAGUGAUAAACUGUUUUUUGUAUAUAUAAUAACACCAUGUAUAUAAUAUACAUGUAUAUAUGGUGAUAACUGAUUGAGUCACAAUGGAUCAACUGCUGUUCAUAUAUAAUAACGCCAUCUACUGACUAUAUUUAUGGUGAUACAUACAUACAUACACACACACACACACACA